CCGGCUUACAUGUACUUCCUGGAUUUCAUGUAGGCCACGGGGCUAGCAACGAAAUCUUUUCAGGGGUUUGCCAUUUUUUCUCCAGUUAAAGCAGCAGCUUUGAAUUCGUCACACAAUGGCUCUGAAGACAUAUGCAGAUUGGGAGGAUGCGGUGAGAGUCGCCCGGGUCACCUAUGACCACUCGCAGGCCAAGGUGGUCACCAGAACGAAAACGGUCCGGAAGUCCAAGAAACUAGCUUUUCUUUCCAUACUUUGGACUAAACAUCCCUGUGAAGAUGUUUCACCAGAGGCUAACGUUUCAACAUCGACUCUUGUCCAGAAGGCACAAAAAGCAGAAACGUCUCAACGCAGUUCCAACCAGAGCACCAAAGCAUGUAAAAUCCAGAUCUUCAUCUCUACUCCUGUAACGUCAACUAUUUGUAUGCAACUGAGUGCGUCAACCUCAGUCGCGGAUCUGAAGAGAUUGCUACAAGAGAGACUUGGUGUCGAUUCUGAGAAGCAACAUUUAUUCACCAGACAAGGUUUGGAGCUCAGUGAUGUCCUGUCCAUAGCUGAUCAUAGUAUCAAGAAUGAUGCCACCAUAGAAAUGCGUCUCUCGCCCGGAUUAAUGGGUGGAAAAAGACGUAAAAAAAAUCAGCAAAACGACAGGAACCUGAACGAAACCUAACACCACAGGACGUCCCAGCGGCUGAAGAGAGCUCACCAGAAUCCCCGAUAUCCUCUCCAUCGGGUGCACUCGGCGCUGAUCAACGAAGGCUUGAGCAAGGAAACAUUCAAAUCCGACAGCAGACUGCAAAUAACGCCAUCAUAAUCAGCAAUGCAAAUGCUUCAUCAUUUUACUUCGAAAAGAUGUCAACAAAAAUCGACGUACUGGCAAACGGAAAAGCUGACGAAGGGGGCAACGAAAACGUUUAUCAAAUGAUAAAACGUGAAGUAUUACAACAUGGCAAGACCCAUAUGUUGACGCUGUUGACAAACGUUUUUCGUGAAUGUGAUUCAGAGCUGAUGAAAGUAAACCUUGGGUCUGUGGAAUUUAUCUUGCACGUCAAAAGUCAGGAAGGUCUAGAGAAGCUAUGGAACAUGUACACCACUGGUGAGCUAGCCAACAGGCUCACUGAAAUUCUCAUUACUGAUGAACUUACAACGGAAGACAAGAGCAACAUGGCCAUCAAGGUGACAAUGCACGAGAGUGACUACAGGGAUGGAUGCAGAUUCUUUAAAGAAUCGCAAAAAGGUCCUGCCGACCAACAAGAAUUGCCUGUAAAUAUGUCAGAUUGGACUGAGGAGCAUGUGAAACGAUGGCUUCUUGGUAUUGGCGUAAAAGGUUCUGUUGCAGACAAGCUGUGUGAGGGAGGCGUAGACGGAAAUAUUUUGAAAAUAUACGACAAACAGAAUUUGAUCGAAGACUUUGAUUUAAAACCAGGGGUCAUAAGACUAAUCAUUUAUUGCAGAGAUAAGUUGUUAGACUCGAUCCCUUCGUCAAAUGGGGUGGCUUCGACAGCUGCAACCCACGAUAUCUGUAAACAGGUACCAGAUGCUGGUGAAGAGUCGGCGAUACGUAACACUGGAGAGACAUCCCAACCUGUGGUUCGUGCUAAGACAUCAAAGUCUCGACCGAAAGAAGAGUCAGUCAGGAAGAAGAAAACGGCGAAGACUGAACCAACUAUUCAAUAUCAAAUGUCUGUUGCACUGGCAGAUGAAGAGGAGAGACGCACACGAUAUGAGGAAGAAAGAAGAAACCAAGAAAUCACUGAGACAGAUAUAAUUGUUCCACGUGAAGACAGAAUUACACCGAGUCGAUACACAUUGUCCACUAAAGAAGGGGACUCUGAAAGUGACUUUGAUGCCAGAUUGCCUACAUAUUCUCCACAGUCAAAGGAAAGCCUCCCAUUUGGCAAGGCAGUAACAACCCACAUAUCCCCAGGUACUCCCACAAAUGAGGCGCCAUCAUUCACAAAAAGUGAGGAGAGUCCAAAAAUCCCUACCGCUGCAGAAUCUCAUCCAUCCUCGCAACUCAGCCAACAGCCAGCAAUUCCAACAUCUUUGCAAACAGAACAUGAAACACCCUCUGACUUGACGGAAUCUAUCGGUCAAUUAUCACAAAAUGCACAGAAUUACGAGGCCAUACUUCGUAUGUUACUCACGGGUGAUGGGUCUGGAGAACUUGAUCAGUCAUAUUAUCCUAUUCUGGUUGCCAAUAAAGCGCCAUCUCUUCCGUCUGAGUGUUCUAAAAUUGGCAAUAUUCGGCAACAAUUUGGAUUCAUCAAGUCCAUCAAAUGGACAACUGUCUUGGACUUCGAUUCACAGUCUCUCUCGCAUGGACUAUGUAAGAUCUACCACGAUGACAGAAUGGUCACUUUGCAAGAACCAAACUUGUUUAAAAAUGUUGAGUCAGAGGAAGAACUACGUAACAGCAUCGGAUUUCCAGAAAAGACACUUUGGCUUUUUGCCAACGGUCGAGAGGACAACCCAACCAUUGAGAGCCCUCCAAUGGAUUUACGGGAGUGGAACAAAGAACGCAGUCGAGAUGUAGAAGCAUCAAUCUCCUUUUUCUCUAAGCCUUCGGUUAUACCAAAAGGACGUGCUGCUAUUGUGUUCUUGCUACUGUCUGAUCAGGAUCUUGGAAUAGUCUGUGACAUUUUCAGAAAAAUGUCUUCAUCUUUCCAAGGCCUACAAAAUAUCACAUGUAUAGCUGAAGAUUUGGGUGUUUACUCAAGGUUUGUAGAGAUUAUGGAAAGGUGGUUCAACAAAGUUGAAAUCGAUGCGAGGAGUGUGGUGGGAUUGGAAUGGCAAGAUAUCAACCGCAUUAUGAUGCGAAUGAGUGGUGUGAGCAAGGUCGAGGCUUACGAACUCCCAUCGCGCAUGCCAGAAAAGUGUUUCCUGUCUGAGAAACAAAAAAACGAAUGGAAUGACAUAACAGUUCUUUGUAAAAAUGAGUGCAAAAACACCGAUAUGAACGAAUCUAAUCCGGGCUUCAAACAGUUUGCUGAAAAGAAGGAGCUGAACUUUUACCGCGGUGCCAAAGUGGACUGGUGGAAUUUUGCCAUGGGUGAGAGAGAAAUGGAGCUUCGCAAAGGUUGCGGCCACGUGCUGAAGCGAAAGGGAUUCGGAGACGUGCUAAAAAAGGUCCGCAAACCGCUUGACAGUUCAAAUACUGAGGACAGUUUAAUUGUUUCGGUGACACUCCUUCAUCAACCAGGUGCCGGGGGUAGCACGUUAGCACGCCAUGUAUUGUGGGAGCUCCGCCAAGACUUCCGUUGCAUUGUCGUGAACAAGGUUACCAACAACACUGCAAAACAGAUUAUGGAGGUCAGGCGGCAUGGUUAUGAAAAAGGCUGCAAUCAGAAAAUCCCUGCUGUAUGUGUACUUGUGGAUGACCUCGAUGACGUCGAGCUCCUAGACUUGAUUGAUGAGUUGAAGGAGGGUUCGAGUGAUAUCCAGCUUAGUGGUGGAGCUGUCUGUGUCCUCCUGCACUGUAAGCGUUGUGCAGAGCCAGAAAAGUUAAUAGACGCUGAAAAGAAAGAGCUCUACAUCGCGUUGACUCAAAAGCUUGACGCCAGGGAAAAGGAUUGGCUAAAGCGAAAAUACCUCGAAUUGCAACUGAAAGAGAAAGAGUUACAAUCUACCGAAUAUAAACCCGAACAUCUCCUCGCAUUUAUGGUGAUGAUGAAAGAAUUUGACAAGGACUAUAUAAGGCACGUUGUGUCGGAGAUUCUUGGUGGUAUCUCUGAUAACGAAUUCAAGCUGAUAAAGCUUUGUGCAUUUCUAAAUUCCUACAGACCAGAGGCCGUCAUUCCUGUAUCUUGUUGCGACUCACUGAUGGCUAGUGAGAUAGUGAGUAGCAGAAAACGCGUACAUUCGAGACCUUGGGAGGGUUUAGUAUCUUCUUCGUUCAAGAUCAUGGUGGUCUUAGAAAACAACAAAUUGAGGAUUUUCCAUGAAAGCAUAGCAAAAGAAGCUUUAGAGCAGAUCAAGGUGAAAACAAACCAGUCCCUUGCAGAGGUCGCAAGGGAGUUUUUGAAUUGUGAACUGUUCAAAUCGUGGUCCUAUUCCAAGCAAACCCUCGUGAAAGCAACUCAUGACCUCCUGGUCCGAAGGAAAAAGAUACGAUACGGUGAUGACACCGAGACGGAUUAUGCGGUUAUCAUACAAGAUGUUCUCGAGAAACAUGGACCUCAAGACGCCAUUGAAAUCCUCAAAAUAGGAUUUGAGAAGCUUAAGGAUGCGUUUGUCGCACAACAACUUGCAAGACUUUGUCUCAAAGAGAACAGCAUUGAAAUGGCUCAUGUCUAUGCUGGUGAAGCAGUGGAGCUUGAGCCCCAAAACUGCUACUUUUGGGAUACUAAGGGCAGAAUUUAUAAAACAGAGAUGUUUGACGUAGUGUCGAAGCGUAUGGAAGAACAGCAAGUCGUUGAUGAUACAGAAUGCAAGAAGUUACUUUCCCUUGCAUACCAUGCCAUGGACGCUUUCCACAAAUCAUAUGAUGUUUCGAAAGAAGGAAGGGAAAUCGAAUACACAGGUUUAUAUGAAGAAGUUCAUGUUGCCUUCAGAUUACUGGAGGUCAUUUACACGUGUGUAGAGCCCUUCAGAACAAAAAGAGGACAUCAAUAUUUGCAAGAGUACCUUCUGCAGUUAAUCCGCCCCUCAGAUCCAAGCUAUCCCAAACUAAGUGACUACUGCCAUAGCCGUAUCAUGACUCUGAAAAACCGAGUGGACUCAGUACUGAAUUUACUUGAGGACACAUCGACAUUUUGCAAGGAAGACCCUAUUGUGAAUAUGCGACAGAAACUUGAUGAGAUGAAAGAUUACUUAAAAGAUUACUUCGGAAUAUAUGAAAGGUACUAUGGGGAACCUACACCGAUACCGGAAAACCGGUAUCGAGAUCCCAAAAGUCUUGUCGAAUUUCGACGUAGACAAGUCAAGCAAGCCAAUUGUGGCAGCUUUCGUGACAUCUUUGACCUUGCUCGAAAUAAGGGAUUGCAGAAGCUCAAAGAAUCUUGCAAACUGCUGUUAGAGAACUCAGAUCAGUACAACUUUUUCGACUUGAAGUGUCUUGUUUGCAUACACUUGGCGCUCUCCUCAGCUGGGGAGCAAUUAUUGCCAGCUGAUGAGGUGUAUCAGCAGUUUGUUCGGCCGUUGAAUGCCAAAGAUCAUCGUAAAACAGACUGCUGGCCACCAUUCUUCAUGAUGAUGUUUCUGUGGCCAAUACCAGAUGUUACCUCUGAGAGACGAGACAGAAGCGAAUUGUCCUAUUAUAUUGAGGAACUGAGACAUAGAUUUUCAGGUGGUGAGAAUUUCAGUGGACGUUUGGCACGGGAAAAGCGGCCCCUACGAUUUCAGACAAAAGCGCGAACACACUUCUUCUUGGGACAAGGUACAGAUCUGCAAGUAUUUGCCCAUAUAAACGAGCUCCACGCUACUCCGGGUAAAAUCGACAGAGCAGACAGCGACGGCGAAUUUUGGUCAUCUGAUCUUGUAAGAGGUCGGUUAGCUCGCUUGGAAGGAACUUUACUGAAUCCUACAUCCCUGGUGCACCUUUCAAAGAAGGGGAAAAUCAACAUCAAAUUGGCAGCACCGUAUAAACGUCAAGUGCCAAGCCAAGAGACCGUCACGUUCUAUCUAGGAUUCACUUGGGAUGGCCCAGUUGCGUAUGAUAUUAAGAUCAAGGGGACAAACUCUCGUGAGGAUGCAGCUCCACGAUUUCACCAGGCUUAUCCGAGUUUGAACGUUCCCUCCGAAAAAUCCAAGACCUCACUGUCUCAUGAGCUAUCCGAGAUUGACAAGCUUCGGGAGGAAUGUCAAACGUUGCGUGACAAACUACAGAAGGCGCAAGCUUCUCCCAGAAAUAUGAAAGUGAAAACAAAAGAGGGAGAUGUUCAGAAAUCCAAGAGAGAUACAAUUCGGUGGUACCAACGCCAAUUGGAUGCUAAAAACGAUGAACUUCGCCGUGCUCUGAUGAAAGACACGUCUUCAGCGGAGGACUUCUAACAAUGUACCAACGUACCUUUACCUACCAUCUUAUGUGGACUGGUUAAUAGUGCACCAGCUGUCCUGGAUAACAGGCGGAAGUUGAAGUAUUUAGCUUUAAAAUACAUUCUCGUCACAACGUUUUCAAAGAAUUGGCACUGUCAGUAGCAAAUCCAACAGACACAUUUGCUUCCAGGAAGUGUGUUGGAUGUGGGUGUUAAAUUGUGACCACUUUCAAUGCAAAACUUUGCUUUCAGACUCGGACUGAGUCUUUGGUGAAACAGCACGAUUUUGUUAAUUAACUCUGUACUUUAGUGGAGAUAUUUUUGUUUUAGUUUUGUUUUUUAUCAAUGCAUAUAGGAAAGAUUUCUGGAAAUGUUAACUUUUUAAUUUUCCAUCUCCUUUGUAGCAAUAAAAGGGAAAAGCUUCAACAUUUUGGUUUUAUGCUAAUGAAAUUUCCACAUUUAAUUUCAUGAGCUAAAGUGUGAUGAUCAUCCAAGGCAGAGCAGAAGUGUCUCCACAUAGCUCUGUGUACAAACAUAUAUUAACACUUCUCCACAUUUUCUUUGAGUAAGUUCAAUUUCUAUUUGUUUAUUGUUGAGUAGCUUGUUUGGACCAUAUUAAUGGCCAAUAUUUCUUGAAAACGUUGUCGUGGGCAAUUGCAAAUGGCACAUUCAUUUCUUAAGCUCUUUUGACACGAAGUACCUUGCAAAUUGCGUGACAAAAGAAAAAAUAACACCCUCUAAAAUGUUUUUUUUUUGCUGGGAGGAUUUUCUAAGAGUGUAAAAACCACCACCUUUGUCAAUCUUAAUAUAAUGAAGUAUUUCGAUUUUGUUUGUACUGUAACACACAGCAAGGUGUGUGAAAACAACUUGAGCUGCAACUCUACUACAGGUUUCCUUUAAGCUCCAACAGUAAAAGUAAAAUUUGAGAAAAGGACGGUCAGGGUU